UGGUUCGAUCCCAGCCCAAUUUCAUCCCCGGAAGCAGAGUGUCGGUCGGGUAGUCGAAGCUCUGCCAUAGGAUUCGACUGGACUCUGUUCCAUCAUCUCUCAGGACCAGGUUCCCGGUGUCGAGAAGCUGCGCAAUUGGGUAAUUUCCCGACAUCGUCGUCCGGUUCGUCGACCAGAGGGGAUACGUUGCACGUUGGUCGAGGAGGACGAGGUUCCCGUCGGCGAUUCUGA